AUAUAUACAUACACACACAAACAUACAUAUAUACAUACACACACACACACACGCACAUACAUAUAUACAUACACACAUAUAAAAACUUGCUGACACCCCAUAGGGACUGGUAUUCAGUGGAUCCCCUAAUCAUUUUUAACGAGUUUUUCUUUUGGCAUGCUACUGACAACUAAAGCAGAGCUUUAUUCUAUUUCCUUCUUGUGUCUCUCUCACCCCCCACUUCCAAGGUCCACCUGUCUUAUGUUUACCCCAAUGACUACACGCGACUAACACACAUGGAGACCAACAAUAAAUGCCUGUACAGUGAAGACCCCCACUAUCUAGAAGGGCUUGGGUUUCUGAAUUACAUGAAGAUGGACUCUCCAGAAAAUGGGAGCGCUGAACAACGAGACAACGAACAAGAAAGCGAGAAUUAUGAAUCGACAUCCUCAAUCAUCUAUGACCCAGUUGUAAACUGGGCACAGACGAUCAAUGUGAGUAACAUGGACUUCAGCGCGUUCCGCAAGGAUUCCAUCGACCUGAAAUGCAACGUCUCUGGAAAUCUGCAGAUGAGUUCCAGAGUGGCAUUGCCUAUCGUGCAGGCCUUCAUGCAUCAGCUCAAUCAGGAGAACUUGGGACACUUCACCCUGUUGCAAGUCGUCAACGUAGAACAGCGAAUCGACAAUCUCCAUGGUAGCCGCUAUCUCCUGGAGCUGGUGGUGCAGGACCGGCAUGGGACCAAGUUUCGUAUCUCCCAAUAUGUUUACGAGCCACACAGCCAGAUCAGGGUAGACCAGUCUGACAGGAAUGGGGCGCUGCUGUGCUACCCUGAGGGGGUGGAGUGGAAUCCCUCAGCUACUGUCCACAUCAUACUGCCUG